AUGACCGAAACAUUCAAAGGCUGGGUCUCAACCUCAGCAAACACACCCCUAACCUACACAACCUACACACCCAAACCCUUCGAAGCAACCGACAUCGAAGUAGACAUAACCCACUGCGGAAUCUGUGGAACAGACAUCCACACCCUAAACUCAGGCUGGGGCCCAACAGACUAUCCUUGCGUAGCAGGCCACGAAAUAAUCGGCCUAGUCCGACGCAUCGGACACCAAGUCCCAAACCACCCAACAAACCCAAGUAUAAGGGAUAUCAAAAUUGGCGAACGAGUCGGAAUAGGAGCCCAAAGCAGCUCAUGCCUAAAACCCGACUGCGAGGCGUGCGCCGACGGCCAAGAAAGUUAUUGUGCACGCAUGACAGGUACAUAUAACGGGCGCUAUCUCGACUCCAACAGAAGCAAAUCCUACGGCGGCUUCAGCGAUUCAUGGCGCGGCCCUGCACAUUUCGUUUUUCGAAUUCCAGAUUCAUUGCCUAGUCACCUCGCCGCGCCGUUGUUAUGUGCCGGCGUAACAGUGUACGCGCCAUUGAAGAAAUAUGGUAUUGGACCCGGGAAGACGGUUGGUAUCAUCGGAAUUGGGGGGUUGGGGCAUCUGGGUAUUCAGUUUGGGAAGGCGCUCGGUGCGGAUUCUGUCAUUGGGAUUUCGAGAUCGAGUUCUAAGAAGGGUGAUGCGGCUGGACUGGGGGCUGAUGGGUUCAUCGCGACUGGCGAAGAGAAGGGAUGGGAGAAGAAAUGGUCGCGGAAGAUGGAUGUGUUGUUAUGUACCGUUUCUGCGCAUGAUAUGCCCUUUGCGGGCUAUUUGCGGUUGCUUAAACGGGAUGGGGUUUUUGUGCAGGUUGGGGCUCCUGAGGAGGCUUUGCCGCCGCUUAUGGCUUGGUCGCUUAUUUCGAAGGGGGUCAAAGUUACCGGGUCAAAUAUUGGGUCGCCUGGGGAUGUGAGGGAUAUGUUGGUUUUGGCGGCUGAGAAGGGGGUUUUGCCUUGGGUUGAGAGGAGGGCUAUGAGGGAUGUUAAUCGGGCUUUGGGGGAUAUGCAUGAGGGAAAGGCGAGGUUUCGGUUUGUUUUGGAGAAUGGGGAACAAGCGAAGUUGUGA